AUGGGGGUGAGGAAGGGGCCGGUGGAGGACCUGAUAGAUAGGGCCGGGGGAUGCGCUGUCAUCGACGGAGGCUUCGCCACCCAGCUGGAGCUCGAAGGCGCCGACAUCACGGACCCUCUCUGGAGCGCCGUCUGCCUCAUUUCCGAUCCCGAUCUCAUAAGAAGGGUUAGUCAUCCGUCGCCUUCCGAUUCCAUUGUCUCCCCCAUCGACUUUUCUUCCUAUUUUGUGGAGCUCCGUUCAUCCAUCGUGCCGGAUUCAUCCCAGAAAUCACCACCAGAAAGCGGCUAGAAAUUCGUUUCCCUGUUUGAAUCGCGGACCACUGAUUCCUCGGAAAACCCUCGUAGCCGUAAGCUUCGGGAGCAUCCAAUCGAUUCGUUGUCGUCCGAAUCCUCUUUGAUUGCUUGCAUUUUAUCCUUCUUCUAGCACUAUCAGCCGAGCACAUCUUCUCCUUAGCGAAGAAUCUCAUUGCAGCAUUCAUUCAUCGUAAUCAAUCGCAGGUCGACGGAGGGUUUAGAAUAAUUAGGUUUUCUUCGUCCUACCCUUCUCUAGCUCCGGCUGCUUUAGGAUCUAAAGCUCUCUAAUCAACUCUGAAAUCCCUCGGCCUUACAUCUGUGCAGGUGCAUUUGCAGUACCUUGAAGCAGGCGCAGACAUCAUAGUAACUUCGUCUUACCAGGUUCGAUCUCUGGGUUGAAGCCGAACGGAUUAAUGCUGUGAUCUAUGUAGAUUUUAUUUCAGUCCGUGCGAUCUCGGAAAGAGAAAUGUGGUGUCCAUUCUGAUUUUUAUCAUUAGCAUUCAAUUAAUUUAUCGAUCGAUCAUGUCAAGAACACCACAAGAAAAUAAUGCUCCUCAAGCCACCUUCCCACGGCGCUUUUCCUUCGACACAAAUCAGUGGAAGAAGACGAUUAGAAACCCUAAUCAGGGCCGGAGGCAGCAUUGAACGAUCGCAAAGAUAUCUCAACAAAGAUGGAAAAUCAGAAAUGUUCACUUCUCCUCAUUCGACAGGCUACCAUCCCGGGGUUUCUGUCGAGAGGCCUCUCCAUCGAAGCCGGCGAACGGCUGCUUCAGAGGAGCGUCCAGCUGGCUCUUGAAGCGAGAGACAGCUUCUGGAAAGCCCACCUGAGAGCUCCUCGACGCAGCUACGACCGUGCGCUGGUGGCAGCUUCUGUCGGCAGCUAUGGAGCUUAUCUUGCUGAUGGCUCAGAGUACAGGUGCUCACUUUUCUUCUCUAUUUUCUUGCCACGAUUAUUAUAAUUAUUUAAUUUGUUAUUACUGAUUAUUAUUAUUAUUAUUAUUAUUAUUAAUGGUGCAUCAUUGCAGCGGGCGCUAUGGGCCUGAUGUGGGUCUGGAGAAGCUGAAAGACUUCCACCGGAGGAGGUUGCAGAUCUUCGUUGGCGCAGGCCCGGACAUGCUUGCCUUCGAGACGAUCCCUAAUAAGAUCGAAGCUCAGGUUUGCUCAUGCUUCAACUCUCAUGUGGAUAAUCCUAGGAAAUCAUGAUUUCUUUGCUAUUUUUGAUGAUGGGCAACGGAUUAUCCUCUGGAUCUAGCAGUUGGUCGUACAUUCGUCGUUUAUUUCAGCUGAUUAUUAUAUGAUUUAUUUAUUUAUUACCCUUUUUAAAAAAAAAGAUUUUUAUUUCUUUGAUUACUAUGAUGCAGUGAACUCUGAUGCCCGCUGUCUGAUUUUUUUUAAAACUACGAAAAUAAAUACUUUUUAAUACGCUCACAUGCUUCCAGACAUAAAAUCGCCGCACGGCUAGAUCUUGGAUUCAAUUUUAUAAUUAUUAAAAUAUUUGAGCUCUGGCUUGGCAGAGCAAAGAAUAAUCUUGAGCGAAUUAACUAACUUAUUAUAUAUAAAAUAAUAAAUCGAUUUAAUUAGCCAUGAAAACGGGUUACCAAUGUUUGGCAUUCACCAUUUCAUGAGACUGACUACGUGUUGAUGGGGGCAGGCCCUGGUUGAGCUGCUGGACGAAGAACAGAUCCAGAUCCCUUCCUUGAUCUGCUUCAGCUCUGUGGACGGUGAGCACGUGUCCUCUGGGGAGAGCUUCGCAGACUGCUUGGAGAUCGUGAACAAGAGCGAGAAAGUGGCCGCCGUGGGCCUAAACUGCGUCCCCCCUCAGUUCAUAGAGCACCUCAUCUGCCAGUUCAAGAAGGUAGCUGCCCCCCCAAGAUUCUUGGGAUAAAUGCGGCUGUAAAUCAUCCACAGCAUUUUUUCCCGAGACGCUGACUGAUCUGCCUGUCUUACAGCAUACCGAUAAAUUAAUUGCGGUGUACCCGAAUAGCGGAGAAAUAUGGGACGGAAGAGCCAAGAAGUGGUUGGUGAGUGGCCUCUUUCUCUCUCUAUCUCUCUCUCUCUCUCUCUCUCUCUCUCUCUCUCUAGCGCCGUUGAUUGGUUUCUCCUUUCCCCAGCCAUCAGAGUGCUACGGCGACGAGAAAUUCACAGCCCUGGCGAAGAGGUGGCGCGAGUGCGGCGCCAGCCUGGUCGGGGGGUGCUGCCGGACCACGCCCUCCACAAUCCGAUCCCUCUCCGCCGCACUGAAGAGUGGGCCACCAUUAUCCUAA